AUGGAAUUAUAUGGCACCGGCUGCAACGCAUGGGGCCAACUCCAAUUUGGGACUGCUGUCCGUGAACCGAUAGAUUUUCCUUGUUUCAUCAAGUUGGCUGAAGGGACCAAGAUCGGCAAGCCCGUUUCCAGGCUCGCUUAUACGAUAGUCGAAAUCGACCGAAGGAUUCAUAUCGCUGGCUAUUUUCCCAACCCGAGCCUGGCUCAGCAAGCCGCCUCGGCCGUCUUGAGGGGAAAUGGCGACAGUCUCACCUUGGUCGAUAAUUACCCAGAGAUAGAAAGAAUUAUCAAGGGAGGGAUUGAGAAGGACAUUUGGAGCUUCCCACGGCCAAUUCGCCAAGCUGUGGCAUUUGAUACGGGCUUUGCUGUUCUGGACGACCUGGGCACCGUGUCAACCAUGGGAGAUGCACGCUUCCCUGCUGCCCUCGGUCGCAAGGUUAGCCUGGAAAGCCCGGGCGGAAAGUUCGCACCCGUCCAGAGCCCGCAGUACGGACGGAUGCCACGGGUGCUGUCCAUCGCCGCGUGCAGUUAUGCGACUGCAGCCGUCACCGAACCGGGGGCUGUAUACAUAUGGGGACAACAUCCGCCGUCGAGGAGCAAGCACGGGCCUUUCAUACCGAAACUAAGCGCAGUUCCAAACGAGGCCAAGAUUGGGGACUUCGCAGAGAUUCAAGACUUUGCGCUGGGUGAAACUCACGCCAUCGCGCUGACAAAACGAGGCGAAGUGUACGUUGUAGGCAACAACGAAAACGGCCAGCUAGGACUCCCCUCCUUCCAGGUGCUGAAGAGGUGGACAAGGCUCGAAAUUUGCCUGCCACAGGGUUCUAUCGUUGGAGUCGCGGCCGGCCCGCAGACAUCAUUCAUCAUUGUUAAAGUAUCACUACAAACACCCCUACCAGUAGAAACACCCCAUCAGCCAUGGAUGCCUGUCUAUUUGCCAGUACAACUACCUCAGCGGUCAGUGGAAUCCGAGGACCCAACAGACUCGGAUUGUGAUGACUCGGAUGAUAAUGACUCGGAUGAUAAUGAACCGGAUUGUGAUGACUCGAAUGAUAAUGACCCCGAUUAUGAGGACCCGGAUUCUGAUGACUCGGAAUGUGAUAUGGAUUAA